GGAUUGGGGGACGCCGCUUCCCUCCCACCCAGGGCAGCCGAUAAACCCCUGGGUGCCAGCACCCACCACCACACCCAGCACCAUGGGCAGCCUGCGGCUGUGGCUCGCCGUCCUCGCUGGCCUCAGCGGUGUCACCGCCCAGGAAGACCUCUACCGAAAGGUGUUCGUUUUUCGGACCGACCCCAGCGAUGCCUACGUGGUGCUGCGGGCGAAGCUGGAGCAGCCGCUGCUCAACUUCACCGUGUGCCUGCGCUCCUACACGGACCUCACGCGGCCCCACAGCCUCUUCUCCUACGCCACCAAGGCGCAGGACAACGAGAUCCUCCUCUUCAAGCCCAAGCCCACCGAGUACCGCUUCUACGUGGGGGGCAAGUCCGUCACCUUCCGCGUCCCCGAGAGCCGCGGGGACUGGGAGCACGUCUGCGCCAGCUGGGAGUCGGCCACCGGCAUCGCCGAAUUUUGGCUCAACGGGAAGCCCUGGCCCCGCAAGGGGCUGCAGCGGGGCUACGCGGUGGGCGCCGAGGCCAUGAUCAUGCUGGGGCAGGAGCAGGACGCCUUCGGGGGGGGCUUCGACGUCUACAACUCCUUCACAGGCGAGCUGGCCGACGUCCACCUGUGGGACACGGGGCUGUCCCCAGACAAGAUGCGAGCCGCCUACCAGUCCCUGCGCCUGCCGCCCGCCCUGCUGGCCUGGAGGAGCUUGAGCUACGAAACCAAGGGGGACGUGGUGGUGAAACCGCGGCUCCGGGAGGUUCUGGGGCGCUGAGAGCCCACCUCAGCCCCCGCUGUCCCCUCGCUGUCCCCUCGUGCCUGGCAGAGUCACCCAGGGGUGCCCCUUCCCUGCCCAACGCCCCCCUCGUGCUGUCAGUGGGGCCACUGACACCCAAUUUCAUCCCCUUCCAGCAUUAUAAAUAAAUCAAAUACACCAGCAGCAACA